UUGCUGCUAUCACAACUGUUCCGAAAAUCAGCAGCAAUUUCGGCGGAGGAAGUGAGAUUUAUGUGAAAAGCAGAGGAAAUUAAGAACAGAAAGAGUAUUGAAAAUCCCAUUUUUGCCUAAAAAAGGAGUAAAUAUAUUUUACUCUGUUCA